UCAAAUGAAGUGAACCUGCAAACAGUCCAUCAGUGGGAUUUUGACUGGAAACGAGUGUGUUUGAUACAAAGCGGGAGAUCGUGAGCACAGUGGUUUGACGAUGACAAUGUCCGAGGCUGGUGAAGGGGUCAGGUACGAAAUAGCUGCUAUAGAGAUCAAAGAGGAGGCACUGGAGGAGUACUGUUCGGUGGACAGCUCGAACGAAUGCGUCACUAAAAUUGAAGACUUGGGUGACAGAUGUGACACGUCGGACCACACUGAGAUGGAGGAAAUGGAGCUUAAGGAUGACACCGGGAACAUGCGCCCCUUUAAUGUGAAGCAUCCUCAUUCAGUAUGUCCUUAUGUUGCAGAUGAGCUCGAGGGCUUUUCUUGCAGGGUGUCCUGCAGGGGCCAACAGGCUCUGGACAAGCACCUGCUUGAGAAACACUGUACUGGUUUCGUGAUUGAAGAAGGGGUGUUGCUGCUUGGAAGCCUGCCUGUGUUGAGUAUCACUGUACUCCCUGGCACCCUGUGGACUGGGGAGCGCUCGGUGACCUUCCAUCACUGCCCAGAAUGUCAUCAGAGCUUCCAUUGCCUCAAUAACCACAACAACAACAUGUUUAGGAAGAGAGCAAAGACUGACAACAGGGAAGCCAAAGAGGAAUCAAGAGAGGUAGCAGAAACACUAUUCUGCUGUAUAAAGUGUGAGCAGACAUUCCAACACAAGGAAGCACUGAAGGUGCACCAGCUCACACACACAGAAACCACGCCUUAUUCCUGUAAAGACUGUGGGAACACUUUCACAGAGAUUGACUCCCUGAAGCUACAUAGCAGGUGUCAUGCUGAAGAGACUCCUGAGCAGGGCGGAGGCAGUGACAGGGGUCUCCAGCCGCUGCACGCAGAGAAGCUGAGCAGCCAGUUGGAUGCUGUGAAGCACUCUUAUCCUUGUAGUGAGUGUGGCAUGGCUUUUUAUCUGCCGCGCAGCCUACAUGACCACGAGAAGACGCAUCACGGCAGCACCAUGUACAUAUGCACAGAGUGCGGCAAGAGCUUUCGACAGUCUCGCAACCUGCAGCGGCACCAACGCGUCCACACAGGAGAGACGCCCUACCACUGCAAAGACUGUGACAAGAGCUUCAGCCAGGUGGGCUCACUGAAGCUGCACCAGCGCAGCCACACUGGGGAGACCCCAUACCAGUGCACGUUCUGUGAAAAGAGCUUUAGCCAGCUGGAGAACUUGAAGAGGCACCUGCGUACACACACUGGAGAGACGCCGUACGCAUGCAAAGAAUGUGGCAAGAGCUUCAGCCAGCUGGGCAACCUCAAGGCCCACCUGCGCAUCCACACAGGGGAGACCCCUUUCUCCUGCUCAGUGUGUGGGAAGGGGUUCAAGAACAAGGGCAACCUCAAGGCCCACUGCCGGAUCCACACAGGCGAGACUCCUUUCCAGUGCAAGGACUGUGGGAAGAACUUUGGGUGGCUGGCUGCCUUGAAAACUCACCAACGCACUCACACAGGGGAGAGGCCCUACCACUGUGAGCGAUGUGGCGAGAGCUUUGCAUAUUCCUAUAAAUUGCGCACACAUGGCUGCCAGGGUUGA